AUGACGGCGAUCUACAUCAAGAACCGCCUGCCUUCACCCAAGAUCGACCACAAGACUCCGUUCGAGAUCGUGUACAAGUCGAAACCAAGUGUCAAGCACAUGCGCGUGUUUGGAUGUCGGGCGUUUAUCCUGACACCAAGGGAGAAGCGAUUGAAGUGGGACCCGAAGGCUUGUGAAGGGAUGUUCAUGGGCUACGAAGAAGCGUCAAAAGCUUAUCGAGUGUACGACAUUGAGGCGGGCCAAGUGGUGAUCAGUCGUGACAUCACCUUCGACGAAUCGACUUUUGACUUUUCGAUGGACCGACCAAGUGACGAUGAUGAAGAUGCGGAGUUGGACCUCGACCUCCUGGCGAUCAACGAGGACGACGUGCGUCAAACCGUCUACAAGCAGACUGGCAAGCGCAAGAGUGAAGCAAGACCCGGCAUGUCACGAAACGACGAUCAAGUGCUCCAGAAACGAUGUCUGAUGACGAAGAAGAUGCAAGCGUGUACGAUCAAGAUGACGACUCGACGCCUCCAACAUUUUGGCGUGCAAGUGCAAACGCUGUGGAAGCAACGGACCUAG